AUGGCCUCAGAAAAGUCUGUCGGUGUCCUGGGAGGUGGUCAGCUGGGCCGCAUGCUUGUGGAAGCAGCGAACCUCCUAGAAAUCAAGGUGAAUUUCCUCGACGCGCCAGGCUCCUCUGCAAAACAGGUUUCCAACCACGAUGGACAUCUUGACGGCUCGUUCAAAGACCGAGCUGCCAUCCAGCAACUGGCGGAGCGAUCCGACGUCGUUACGGUCGAGAUAGAGCACGUCGACACCCAGAUCCUGGAGGAGAUAUCCGACAGAGUGGAUGUGCAGCCCUCGUGGAAGACGAUUCGGACGAUCCAGGACAAAUUUCUUCAAAAAGGCCAUCUUCAGAAAUAUGGGGUCGCGAGCACGGAAAGCAUAGCGCUCGAGGAACCGACGACAGAGGAGUUGGAGCGUGUGGCGAGCCGACUUGGUCUGCCGCUUAUGCUCAAAUCACGACGAGAAGCGUACGACGGUCGAGGCAACUUUCCCGUACAGACGAAGGCGGACUUCAAGCCUGCAUUGGAAGCUCUCGGGGGCAACAAGCUGCUCUAUGCAGAAAAGUGGUCGAAUUUCAAGAUGGAGCUGGCGGUCAUGGUUGUGAAGACAAAAGACCAGGUGCUGAGCUUUCCCACCGUCGAAACGAUCCACGAGAAUUCGAUCUGCAAGCUCACGUACGCGCCUGCACGAGGCGUGAGUAGGCAGAUCAACGAGAAGGCCCAAGCACUGGCAAGAAAGGCGGUGGAUUGCUUCUGGGGCAAGGGGGUGUUCGGCGUGGAGAUGUUCUUGCUUCCGAACGACGAGGUCCUCAUCAACGAAAUCGCGCCGCGGCCGCAUAAUUCGGGACACUACACCAUCGAAGCAUGCCCGAUCUCCCAGUACGAGGCGCAUCUCCGUGCCAUUCUGGACCUCCCGAUUGACCAGCAAGAUCUCGAGCUGCGGGAGCCCAGCAUCAUGCUGAACAUCCUCGGAGGCGACGCUCCGGACUCACACCUCCAAGUCGCGCGAGAAGCACUGAAACAGCGUCGUACCAAGAUCCACCUGUACGGCAAAGGCCAGGCACGCAAAGGCCGGAAGAUGGGCCAUCUCACCGUCUGCGCGCCGACCAUGUCCAAGGCCCAGCGCCUCAUGCAACCCAUGAUCGACUUCGUAGACCAAGGGAAGCCCCAAACCAAAGCCAAAGCCACGCCCGCAUCCCCCCCGUCCGAACCACUCGUCGCCGUCGUCAUGGGCUCCGACUCCGACCUCCCGGUCCUGCUGCCCGGCCUGGAAAUCCUCAAAUCCUUCGACAUCCCCUACACCACCCGCAUCACCUCCGCCCACCGCACCCCCGCCUGGAUGGCCGAAUACGCCUCCCACGCCGCGUCCACCUCGAUCCAAGUCAUCAUCGCCGCCGCCGGAGGAGCCGCACACCUCCCCGGCAUGGCAGCAGCGCAUACGCCCCUCCCCGUCAUCGGCGUGCCCGUGAAACCCACCAUCGGCGACGGAAUGGACAGCGUGCUUUCGAUUCUGAACAUGCCAAAGGGCGUUCCCGUCGCUACGGUGAGUGUGAACAACAGUACGAAUGCGGCUCUGCUGGCGGCUCGCAUUCUCGGGGCUGCGGAUACGGGCAUCAGGGCGACGUACGAGGCUUUCAUGGCGAAGAGUGAGAGGGAAGUGAGGGAGAAGGACCAGAAGCUGUGGGAUCUGGGUGCGGAGGCUUAUCUCGCUCAGAAGAAGUAG